AUGAUCCGAAUCAACAACACCCAAUAUUUCCACUUCCUGCAGCAGGCAGAUGCUUUACGUCGCUCAGGGUCACUGUGCGAUGUUAUCAUUUCAGUCAAGAGUCAUACAUUCAGGGCUCAUCGACUGGUGCUGGCCUGUGCGAGCAGAAGACUGGCGCAGCAGCUGGCCCAGGCUGACACAGACAGCCCGGCCCACUGUACCCUGGAGUAUUUCUCACCACGCACCUUCCAGCAGGUCCUGGACUUCACCUACACCCAGGCUGUUGAGGUGUCCGUGGAAGACCUGUACCUACUGCUGAGAGCCGCUCAGCUGCUGGAGAUGUGGUCAUUGGAGGAUCAGUGCCGGAAACAGCUGGACACCCUCAACCACAGAGCCAGGAGAGAGGAGGAGAGAGGAGAGACCAAAGAUGUCAAAGAAGAAAAAGAAAGUGCAAAGGACAUGGAUAAAAAGAGAGAAGGAAGUCCGGUUCAAGAGGAGAAACUCCAACAGACGUCCUCAACAGGGGAGAAAACAAGCAACAGCAAUGUCACAGAGAAUCAUUCACCCCCUGAGUCUGCUGAGAACCACAGCAGAUCACCAUCCUCAAGAAAGAAGCCCAGAUUGUCCCCUCUGUCAUCAGCACCCCACAACAGUGUUAUCAGCAGGCCGGCCACCAGCUCCUCCUCCUCCCCCUCCUCUCCCUGGACCUUCUCUACAAACGUGUGGAACUCUGUGAGCACCCUGAGGAGAAUAGCAGAGAACUACUCAAACUUCUUUGGUGCACAGUCCCCUAAUCCGUCGGCAGUAGCAUACCCAUUCUCCCUCUCUGCUCCCCACAUGUUCCCACUGCUGAGGCCCCAUUUUCAAAACAGAGUCCACCACUCAGGCCUUUAUCCACACUGUGCACAAAACCUUUACACUGGGUCCACAGGGAUGGGCAGCAUAAUCAAGCAAGGCCUGCUAAAAACAAAGAAAUCCAGCCAGAGAGCGUUUAACGGGGGUGUGCAGAGCUUCGAGCAGAGUUUCCAUCAAGUGCCCAAAGCCAGAGCUGAGAGAGUUAAAGACUGCAGAGAGUGCACUACAAGUCACCUUGGUGAUCCAGCGCCACAGGAAUCAGCCUCCUCAGCAUCAGGUGAGGCCUGUGCAGGGUGUCAUUUCCGUGGAAAAGAUGAGGUGCAACGUGAGCAGCCGACCAAUCAUCAAGUGAGACAAUCCACAAGUGGAGACAAACCCUACCAGUGCAAACACUGCCCCAAAAGGUUCAGUCUGAAACAUCAGCUGGACACACAUCACCGAGUUCACACAGGGGAGAAACCCUUCGAAUGUCGCCUUUGUGGUCAGCGCUCACGAGACUACUCAGCUAUGAUCAAGCACCUGAGAACUCACGGCGGGGCAGCGCCCUACCAGUGCACGGUGUGCCUGGAGUUCUGCAGCAGUCUGGUCGCCAUGCACAGACAUGUCAAGAGCCAUGCAGUGCAAGACUUCCCCCCGGACUGGAACAUCAACAGCACUUACCUGUACACCUCCCACAUCUGAGCCACGCCCCACUGACACCUCCAUCUGCACAAAGUUCUCAUAAGGUGUAGCUUUACUUUGUGGCCCUCAUGUAGCGUCAUUACGUUUGAGUCACAGAGAUUAGAAUCUGUGUUUACUGGAUAAACUCAUGUUGAUGUUUGAGAGGGUCCUUUAACACCACUGACCUCAGUCAGCAUGAGGGAACCAGGACUUUACUGUAGCAAUAACUUAUCCAUGCACGUUCCCAACAGCAGAACAGAAAAGUGCAGCACUUAUUUCCAAACAUGUCAAAUGUAUUGAUAGAGUUUACUAUUUCACUUUCAUGUUAGUGCAUUAAAGCCACACAAACAGCUCAUCUUCAUCCAAUGACACAGGUCACUUGCCUCACUUUCCCAAUCACUGGACCAGUUGUGUAAACUCAAGUUAGAUCCAGGUUCAUAGCGCCCUCAUGAGGGGAACAACUAUAACAAUCUCUAUUUUCUGUAACAUUUCUCUACAGCAGCAUAUUAAAAUGGGACCAGUCACUGUCUCUCAUAUUUGCAGCAGGAAAAAAAGAGAAGAUUUCUUAUUAAUUGCCGGACAUUUCUGUCAACAUUCGUCUGUUUUCACACCUAAUGUGAUAUAAAUAUGAUCUCAUUCAAAAACAUGAAUUGAUUCUAACCCAUUGAGUGAUGAGUGAGAGUCUUCAUAAGCAUUAGGGAACAGCCGUGAGCCUUGACACUGUUUGCGGUACCAAAGUCAGUCAAAUUCCACACAUUAAUUUGCUGUAUUUACAUAUAACACAAGAAAUAAGGAAUGUUGAGGGAGUUUGAAUAGAUUUCUUUAUUUUAUUUUUCUCUGCAUGAUCAUUUUCUGCCUGCAUUUUUCAUCAAACACAUAGACACAAGUGUGUGUCUCAAAAGUAAAAAGUGUUACUCUAUUUUCCACCUGUCAGA